CACCAACAAUGAGUAAGACGAUUUAUUUUGUCAUUACCGUUGUAUAAUUUCUUUUGUUACGUCAUAUUUUUGUGGUAUUAUGAAACAACACGUUGUUCCAUCCGUAAAGACCCAUUUAUCUCACAUUUGUAGUAUGUACAGCUAUAAAUACAUUGGAAUAGUAGAACUGUUCUUAGAUCGAGGGAAGUAAGAUCUAUUUUAAAGGGUAGCGCCCCGGUGUGUCUUCUGACCCCGUAUACGCGCCGGUGAUUCCUCUAGAUACGUAUGGUACGCGCAGAAAUUUUUCCGAAGCACCGGUGUCGAGAGGAACACGUUUCUCUUUGCUUUUUCUCGCGCACGCAAGACCAUCCGUACCGUACCUCAUCGUUCGUCUUACGGAAACUUUUUUCUAUUUAUCCCCUCUAUUUAUCUCAUCUAGUGCGGUCGCAACUUAGCCUCGACCUCAGCAUUCUUUCAUUGAGGUCUUAACCACGUGCGAUUUAAUUCACGAUGCCAAAUUUACGAUCAUUGGUUUUACCUAUAUUGGCUGCUGUGGGAACAAUAGCUGUAAUAGGAUUAGCAGUAAAAUUAUACAAAAGCUGGAGCAGUGAUAAGAAAAAGAAAUCCCCGAUUUUAUUAGUUGAUCCAGUUGUUAAGUACAGUUUACCUUUAAUGCAGAAGGAUGUAAUAAGCCAUGAUACGAGGAAGUUCAGGUUUAAGUUGCCAACAUCGGAUCAUGUGCUGGGAUUGCCGAUUGGCCAACAUGUACAUAUAACAGCAAAAAUUGGAGAGGAAGUUGUUAUACGUUCUUAUACGCCUGUCUCAAGUGACGAUGACCAGGGCUAUGUAGAUCUUGUUAUUAAGGUCUAUUUCAAAAAUGUGCAUCCGAAAUUCCCUGAAGGAGGAAAACUGUCUCAGUACUUAGAUAACUUAAAGAUUGGAGAAACGGUAGAUUUCAGGGGACCUUCUGGGAGGCUCGUUUAUAAAGGCCAGGGGAAAUAUUGUAUAAAAAUUUUAAGGAAGGAUCCACCAGUAGAAUAUAACGUUAAAAAGGUUGUAAUGUUGGCUGGUGGGACAGGAAUCACGCCUAUGCUGCAGUUAAUACGUGCUAUAGUAAAAGAUCCUACGGAUGAGACUCAGGCUUCUCUACUUUUCGCUAAUCAAACGGAGAAAGACAUAUUACUGCGAGACGAAUUAGACGAUAUUGCGAAAAAUCAUCCUAAUAAGUUAAAACUGUGGUACACAGUAGACAGUAGCAGCGAGAACUGGCCGUACAGUACAGGUCACAUAAACGCAGAUAUGAUAAAAGAUCAUAUGUUCCCUCCGUCUCCUGAUACGUUAGUACUUAUGUGCGGCCCACCUCCGAUGAUCAAUUUCGCUUGUAAUCCGAAUCUCGACAAACUCGGUUACGACUCGAAACUACGAUUCGCAUAUUAAAGCGACGAAUUACUCUGUCGCUACAUUCGAUGCAUUGUAGAUCGCAUUCGGCUUUUUUAGUACCUACGUCCUCUUGUUAAAAUUCAUUACACUAAUUUUUUUCACAGUGUUCUUUUUAUAAUUUUCUACCGAACAAUUGUUCGUGAAUAUCGAAUGUCAAAUGACUUGGCAAUACCGGUUGAUACAAAUUAGAUAUGAUAAUAUCUUCAUAUC